AUGGAGCUCCAACUCCCGCGCGUCGCCUCCCGCGCCUGCGACUUGGCGCUGCCGGCCCCCGCUCCCGGUCACGGACGUGGCGGCGCGGCGCCGGACCGUCAUCGCCCGCUCUCCCUACCCAUUCAGAAGCGAUCGGCGGCUGUUGGCGCCGUCGCCAUCUCCAGACGAGGUCAUGUCACCAGGAGGAGCCAGUGGUCAACUCUGGUGACCCCAUCAUACAACACAGGAACUGCCGACCUGGUCGACUUUAACUGGGAAUUACUUGGGUUUCAAUGGGUGCCUACGGACUUUAUGUAUGUAAUGAGAUGUUCCUCAGAAGGGGUGUUCACCAAGGGUGAACUGGUGCCGUAUGGGCCAAUCGAACUGAACCCAUCAGCUGGAGUGUUGAAUUAUGGCCAGGGUUUACUUGAAGGUCUGCGAGCACACAGAAAAGAGGAUGGAUCAGUCCUUCUAUUUCGACCAGAUGAAAAUGCUUUACGGAUGAGAGUAGGUGCAGAUCGGUUAUGUAUGCCUGCACCAAGUGUAGAGCAGUUCCUAGAAGCUAUAAAGCUUACAAUUUUAGCAAACAAGCGUUGGGUACCCCCUACUGGGAAAGGUUCUUUAUAUAUCAGGCCGCUUCUGAUUGGAAGCGGGGCUAUCCUUGGUGUUGCACCAGCCCCAGACUACACAUUCGCUGUCUUUGUUUGCCCAGUUGGGCACUAUUUUAAGGAUGGCCUAUCUCCAAUCAGCUUGUUAACCGAGGAAGAAUAUCACCGUGCUGCACCUGGUGGAACUGGUGAUAUAAAGACUAUUGGCAAUUAUGGUUCGGUGGUUAAUGCUCACAAAAGAGCCAAGGACAGAGGUAAUUCUGAUGUUCUUUACUUGGAUCCGGUGCAUAAAAAGUUUGUUGAGGAAGUUUCUUCCUGUAAUAUAUUCAUGGUGAAGGAUAACAUUAUUUCCACCCCAGUAUUAACGGGAACAAUUCUUCCUGGAAUCACAAGAAGAAGUAUAAUUGAAUAUGCUCGUAGCCUUGGAUUUCAGGUUGAAGAGCGUCUUAUUACAAUAGAUGAAUUACUUGACGCUGAUGAAGUUUUCUGUACUGGAACUUCUGUUGUACUAUCCUCUGUUGGUUGCAUAGUGUACCAGGGUAGAAGAGUGGAGUACGGGAACCAGAAGUUCGGAACUGUGUCUCAGCAACUCUAUUCAGCACUGACGGAUAUCCAGAAAGGCCUCGUGGAGGACAACAUGGGAUGGACUGUGCAAGUGGAUUAGCAGAUUGAUCAUUACGAACGGUCUUUAAAAGGCUCUUCCUGUCAGAUAGUGUUUUCUUGUUUGAAGCAACAAUAAUGAAAUUCACCAAAUUUUCUCACUUCAGGUAUCUUGCUUUACCACGGUACAGAAUAGAAUCACCACUUGUGAAGUGCAGGCACACACUGUACAGCAAUAAAAUUUGGUCCACAGAUAAAGAGGCAUGUAUUAUUUAUCUGACUUUAUUACCAUUUGUACAGACCACACUGCCAGUGUAAAUAAGUGUUCCUUACUUAUCCGAGGCCAUAUUCCAUGCAUCAACUUGUCAUCUGCCUGUCUGUUGUGUAUUCAGGACAAAUUAUUGGCCCUAUUGCACAAUGAAUUGUAUGCGUUUGGAACAGUGCUUAAUUGUAUUUUGUCAGGUGGCAUCACGGCAGGCAUGAAACCCUGCUAGCCAAGCUGCCGAUA